AUGGCGCGCCUGGGCAACGCUUUGGUUUGCGUCGCGGCUGCCACCGUACUGGCGGUUAGCAGCAAGGCACUGCCCAAUGGGCUCAGCGAGUCUCCAGUGACAGGCACCGAGGCAGCUGCGGAGCCAUCUCCUGUGGCAUCGUUCCUGAAGUGGACAGCCGCCGGCCUUCUGGCCGGUCUGGUGAUGGCAGUGUCUUCCAGCGCUCCUGCGAGUGCCAAGCCUCUGGAGAUGUUCGGCGGUGUGGACAUCGAUCUGGAGGACACGCCGGCCCAUUGGACCAUCAAGGCCUCCCCCGUCCUGGAGCCCUGCAAGGACAACAAGAAGUUCCACAAGAAGCUCAAGGAUGAGCUGUACAAGGUGAAGAAGAAUCAGCAGAAGUUUGCCGAGGGCUCCGCGGCUUAUGCUCGCUUCAACAAGAAGAUCAAGAUGAUCGAGCUGCGCGAGACCGCCUACGGCGACAGGCUUUGUGGCAAGAAGGAUGGGCUGCCCCGCACCAUCGCCACUGGUGAGUGGAACGUGAGGGGCAGUGCUAUGUGGCCUGCGGCCAUCUUCCUCUACAUCGCUGGCUGGAUCGGCUGGGCUGGCCGCUCCUACCUGAUCCGCACCAACGACGCAGCCAAGGAGAUCAACAUUGACGUGCCUUUGGCCGUGACGUGCAUGGCCAGUGGCUUCUCGUGGCCCGUGGCAGCAUGGCAGGAGAUCGUCAACGGCGAGAUGGCGGUGCCCAAUGACCAGAUCCACAACGGCGGCCCAUGGAACCAGUCCUGA